GUCUAAGUUCUUGAAAAUAAAGGGACAUUCUCAUAUAGUAACUGUGAUAGUGGGGUGGACUGAACCAAAAAAGUCAAGAUUUACCUGCUAUUAUUUUGGUUAUAGGAUCUGGGGUCUGUUCACUCUUUUGCUAACACAAAUGUAAAGGGCUAAUCCAGUGACUCAAACCUUUGAAAAUUUCUUCAUUAGUUUAUAAUAUGCCUCAAGAUAAUCUGAGAUCAGUUAUGUAUAGAUCAUUUGUCACUUGUGAUAAUCCCAAAGGUGUUAUUGAAGGUAAGACAAUUAAAAAAUCCAAAAUUGACCCUCAAAAUAUGGAAAAUCAUAAAGUUGGAAAACAAAAGAAUUCUAAGGAUAUUACAAAAGAUUUGUUAAAAGGAGCACUUGAUUUACAAGAGUCAAUAGUUAUGCUGGGGAAAUUGCAAGAAGCUUCAGAAUAUAUGACAAAGUUGAGGAAAAUGAGGAAUGGAAUAGGUAUUGGGAGGACGAAAUCUGAACGUGUUGUAGAUCACUGGUACGAUAAGGUGGAGUUUGAGAAGCCAAGAUUUUCUGUUGAUUGUUCGCGAGAUUGUUAUGAUGAGUUAAGGGAAGCGAUAAGAGAUGGUCUUGCUAGACAAAAUUUGUUGCAGUCAUGUUGUGGUUCAGAGAAGGCUCGUAUCGAUAGAAGAAAAGUAGAGUUAUCUCCCGAUUUCCCCUCUACUAGUUUCACUACCUCGAGUGAGUCAUCGAUAGAAAAACCUGGUGUUGUUGAUGGGAAAAAAGUGGUUUUAUCACCCGAUUUCUCGUCCACUAGCUCAAGCCAAUGUUCCAUGGUUCAGUCCCAUGAAAUUUCCUCUUUUGAGUGUUCUCCACCAAAGAUUCAAAAGGAGAAGCCGAAAGCGCCAAAUUUGAUAGCAAGACUAAUGGGACUUGAAGAUAUUCCUACAACACAGAAACAAUUAGAGAAGGAUAAGGUUUUGAAGCAGAGAAGGCCUGUAUUUGAAAUAGAUUUGCCAAAGGCAACGAAGCCGUCUGUCAUCGGUCAGAGGACGGAUCCAAAACAGAGAACAUUGGACGGGAUAAUUGAAACAAUGCAAUUCAAAGGCCUUUUGAGAAGCAAGUGUAUUGAGGGAUCUAAUAAUGUGAUCUCUCAUCAAACUAGUGUUUCUCAUUUCUUGAAGAGUUUCGCCGAUGAUGCUCCACCUAUUGUGAUCAUGAAGCCGAUGUACGCUCCAGAAAUGCAGGCACAAAAGUUUCCUUCAGAUACUAAAGAGACAUUUGGAAAAUGGAACUCAAAGGAAGAGAAUUCAGCUGUGAAUUUCACUAUAUACCGGAAAUUGCAGGCACGAAAAGUUGAAACGUCUUCAGGUCAAAAGAGUAAUGAAGUUGUCAUUCAGGGAAAACUGCCUUCUACAAAGAGUAGAGAUUCUUCUCCUGUAAAGACUAAGCAACCAAAGAAAGAAGCGAUAGAAGAAAGGAUUGGGAGAACUCAACAAGCUGUUGGCGCGAAGAAAUCUGGAGAAAUGAAAAAUGCUGAUCUCAAUACCACUGCUAAAUUUCAGGAUCAAAGUAAGAGGACUACUGCUAAAGUGAGGAAACCUGAGCGAAAAUCGAAUGCACCAGAAAAACUUGUUGCACUGCCAAAUAGCACUAUCUCAAAGCGCGUCACAGCCAUUGCAUCUAAUAACUCCAGAAAUAGGAAGAAGAAUGUCAAAACUGAAAAGUCUGUCAAGAGUUCCUCUGUUGUUCCUAUGGUUGAGAUUAUGGAACACAAGGAUGGCAAUAUCCAGAUUGUUCAGGCAGUUGAUCGAGACAGUAAUAUAACCAUAACCAAGAUUACAUCCUCAGAAGAGCUUCCCUGUGAGGAAGUGACUGAAAUCUUUGAAAAUGUUGUCAUUGAUAAUCUUAAUACUGAUGAAAGUUUCGCAUCUGAGUCUACUGUGCCAUUUAUCCAGUGUGACCAUGACAUCCCCCUAAUGGAGCACACUAGCUAUCAAGUUCAUCUACAUUCAACUGAAAAGGAAGACCUUAAAUCUAGAGCGACUACACGACACAUACUGUUGAGCAACGAAUCAUUCCUCAGUCGAGCAGAGGAGCUUUUCGAUACUGAUGCAUGGGAACCAACAGUAUGGAAAACAAUUAGUGUCGACAAUGAAGUCGCAGAAAACACACUCUUAUUGGAUUGUGCCAAUGAAUUGUUAGAACAUAAAAGGUCUCAGUGUACCCUGGUAGUAUCCAAAAAUCCAAUUAAGACGUCGAAAAUCUCCAUCUCCUUUGACAAGUUGGUUAAUGAAAUCUGUGACAAGAUUGAAGUCUUGAAAAGUUACACUAAGGUUGCUGGCAAUAACCUUUCAAUAGGUACUCUUUAUGCUUUACAUGAAAGAGAUAUAUGGUGCAAUGAAGUGGUUAGUACAACAUGGGAUCUUGGUUGGAGAAAUGGAUUUACUUUGGAUGAGGUUGAACAAGUAGUGACUGACAUUGAGAAACAUCUUUUGAGUGGAAUUAUCGACGAUGUACUUACUGAGUUCGUGCUAUAGUGUUUGUACAUAUUCAGGUUGACAUACACAACAACAACAAUAUACUCAGUGAAAUCCCACAAGUGGUUCUGGGGAGGGUAGGGUGUAUGUAGACCUUACCCCUACCUUGUGUGUGAGGUUGAGAGGUCGUUUCCGAUAGACCCUCGACUCAAGAACAGCAGGUUGACAUACAUAAUGUGUAAAUAAUAAAUCUUAUACUUACGGGGGUUGUAAAGGUAUUAAAGAAGCUGGUUUUUUUUUUUGGAGUUGCAGAAUAACACAAAGCUGAAUAGCUCUAAUAAUUUGUUGUUGAAUUUGAUCGACAGAGUUGUACAUUUAUUGCUGAAAAGGGAAUACAAUGAAGUCUUUAUACA